AUGCUUCUCUUUCUCUUCAUCUCCGUUGUCCUUGUUAAGGCAACCGAAGAAAGAAGCGGUGAUGCCUUGUUAACCCUCCGAAGUGGUGUUUCCCUAAAGGGCACCAAAUGGAUCGUCGAUGGUGUGGAGGUGGACGCAUAUCUAGGCAUCCCAUUUGCAAAGCCACCUGUUGGCAGUCUUCGUUUUGCCAAACCGAAAGCAGUAAAAUUAUGGAAAGGUCAACUUGACGCCACACAGCGUCCAAACACCUGCUGGCAGUACCUUUUCAGUGGUUUCGAUAAGGCCAAUCCUGCCGCACGAGUGUGGGUUAACAAUACGAGGAUGAGUGAAGAUUGUCUCUAUCUCAACGUGUGGGUGCCUGCGAAUAUGCCGCAGGAUGGUAAGCCACUACCUGUGAUGGUGUGGAUUUUCGGAGGAGGCUUCUUCAGUGGAACGUCCACACUCGACGUCUACGAUGGCAAGUUUCUUGCAGCUAAGGAGGGCGUCAUUGUGGUAUCCAUGCAGUACCGUUUGGGACCGUUUGGUUUCCUGUACGUGGAUUCGGAGGUUGACGGAAACAUGGGUCUCUUGGAUCAACGCCUUGCUCUCAAGUGGGUUCAAAAGCACAUUGCGAAAUUCGGAGGUGAUCCGACGAAGGUGACGUUGUUUGGAGAGUCAGCUGGUGCGGCGAGU